AGAGCUUGGAUGGCCACCAGUCACGUAUGAUCUAGCUGAGAUUCCUGCACUGCAGGGGGCUGGACUAGAUGACCCUUGGGAUCCCUUCCAGUUCCUCUCGGGUGAAUGGAUAUCUGACUGCAGCCUCAGCCUUCCCGUCCGCCCCCAGCAAGCAAGCGGAGCCAAGCCGGCCCAAUCGCCCACCCUUCUGGGGACUGAGGAUCCCGAGGAGGCCGUGGCUCCUGCUGCCGGGGGCUGCAAUUUCGCCUCCGCCCGCUUCCCCUGGCGGCUGACGAGGGAGGCAGGCUGCCCAAGGCGGCCGGCUCCGCUCCCUCCCGCUGCCGGUGGUGACGCAAGGGGUGUUGCCUGUCCUCGACGCCCAGAGCGUGGCCCUCUCGCGUGGGCUGGAGCGGGGAGCGAGCGAGGCCGGAAAAGUGCCUGGGCCAGCUUUCCGCGCCCCUGCCGCCGCUGUCUCCUCCCUGCGCCCCGCAGGCCCGCCCCUUCUCCCCCAGCCCCGCCGCUCCCUGGCUCUGGGUCGGCCCCGGGAGCCGCAGCGAGCGAACCCCGGCCAGGCCGCGCGUGCGCCCCGCCGUCCCUCCCUCUCCGCCUGCCUGCCUGCCUCUCCUCCCGGGAGCGCAGCCGCCGCCACCGUCGCAGCGGGGCCCAGCGCAAAACCGAGCAGGAGGGAAAGCGCCGCCGCCGCCGCCACCACCCGGAAAGGCCUCGGGCAGAGAGGGAUCGGAGCAGAGACCCGGCCGGGCGCGGGGACAUGGUGACGGGAUGGCCCGCAUCACAGACGCCUUCCCCCUGCACCUGCUCGUCUGGCACAACCGGCACCAGGCGCUGGACAGCGAGCUGCGCAAGGGACAGGUACGGGGGAGCCCCUCAACACCCCCCCCAAUUUCCUAGGACUCCUUCCUUCCUUAACCCCGCAUUCCAGGUCGCCCCUUCCAGCCGGAGUUGGAGAUGUGGCAGCCAGGGAGGGGGAUGUGAUGCGGGAUCCUUCCAAGAUGGUCCCAGCCCUUCGCUCCCCCCCCCCCCCACCCGUUGGUAGCCCUGCUGCUGCUGAUGCCACUGGGAGGGAGAAUGAACAAGGGCCAGAUACUGGCACCUACUAUAUCUGACUGCUGCUAACCUAGGUUUGUUCCAUCUGCAUCCUGUUAAACCUGCCACAUCCAGUUAACUCCCCCCCCCCUUCCCAGCCACACCACACACACAAGCAGGAAAACUGCCCAAGGGGCAUCUCUUGACCCCCCAGUCGUGAUAGCAUCAUCACCUUUCCCCCACCUUUGUAAUGCUCCUGGUCCCCUCUCUCCAUUCCUUCUCUUUGUACCUCUAGAUUGUAACUCUUCCCUCCUCACCCCAGCCGAACUGGUGGUUUCAGAAUAGCUGUAUAGAUGUUUGAUGAUUCUUUUGGGCUGGGAAUCCCCAACCUCAUAAUUCCUCAUCAGACUUGGCAGUUGAAGCUUUGAAGCAAACAGCAAUCCUCAUUUGAGGCCAUCUGUUUGGAAUCCCAGAAUCCACUGCUCCUUCGUCUUAGGCCCCCUCAUAGUGAUUUGGGCACAUGAGGGCAAGACACGCGAGGGAUCAGCAAACUCAGUUGGAUCUGAAGGGUGCCGUGAUACUCGGUCCCAUAACAUCCUCUAGCAAUCGAGGCCUAGUGUUUUGUUUUGUUUGUUUUUUAAAAAAACAACCUUCCUGUGGUGGCUUCAUGUUUAGUGCACUGAUAGCCACCAUUUUGGAAAAGAGAAAAAGGGAGAAAGGCAAAAUAAUCCUUAAAGAUUGAUGUGCAUGUGCACAGCUGGUAUGGGUCUCUUUUAAAAAUUCAAUUCAAUUCAAUUAUCAGAGCCUUCAAGCAAGUGCCAGCUCUAGCACCCUGUUGCAUUGGAGAGGGGAAAUUCACAGGGUUUCCUUCCUGCCUGCCUGCCCCUAUGGACCACAGCUGAGUACAGGACUAGACUGAGCAUCUAUUCUUUAAAAAACUCUUGGUUUUCCCACCUAGAGCUAGAACCAAGAGAACAGAGUCAUUAGAAUACCUGUAUGGGAGAAGACUGACAGGAAGAGUUCUGCCUGGCAACUGAUUUGGAACUGGGAGAAAUGCAGACCAGGGAGCAUGGCUUAAAAGAAGACUGGGCUGGAGAUAAUUGAUGGUACCUGAGAUAAUGAUGAUUCCCAUUUCUUGUUUUGGAAGGGGGAAACGGGGAAUGAACUGACAUAGAUCUAGGGGGGUGACUUUUGGGAGGAUCUCAAAAAGAAAGGAAUUUGGGGCAGAGGUUUGGUCAGCCGGAUGUUUCUGGAAUCUAAUUACAUAGGGCACUCCGGUGAUGGCCUUCUCUUGUUGUCAGUCCCUAACAGCUGAUACUCAGAGGUAUGUUACCUUUGAAAAGGGAGGUUCUAUUUAAUUUGGUGGUUGAGGCUAGUAGCUGUUGACAGACCUGUCCUCUGUGCAUUUAUCAAAUCCUUUUUGAAACUAACUUAAGCUAGUGGCCAUCAACAUACCUCACAGCAGUGAAUUCCAUGAGUUAAUUACCCCUUGAGUGACAAAGUAUCUGAAUUUGCUUUUAUCUUGUUUCUAAAAAAUCAUGGGCAAUCUGGGAAAGGUGGGAGAGGAACGAUUCAGAGUAUGGCAUACAGUGGCAUCGCAACAAAAGUUGGGUCAGGGCAGAUAUUUCUUUGGAAAGAAAUGGUGUGGAGGGUUUGGGGCUCUGCCUUGUGUUCAAUUUGGCUAGGUCACUUGUCUCUCAGUCUCACCAGUUCUCCUUCUGUAAAAUGGAUGUUGCAGUAUCAAAUGUGAGGUCAAAGAAGUGGUUUGGUGUGUAGAGCUCAUGCUCCACCUUUGCUUUGUACUCAGUCUGCAGUCUUGGAGAAAGUCAGGGGUCUCCAUCUAGUCCAGCAUUCUGUUUCCAGCAGUGGUCAGCCAAAUGCAUCUGAAAAUUUUACAAGCAAGGCCUGAGGUCAACAGUGUUCUGCUGUUGCUUGUAUCCAGCAGCUGACAUUCAGAGGCAAAUUCUUUCUGAAUAUUGUGGUGCUUCCAUCAAAUUAUGACUUUCAGAGUGGGUGUUGGGUGGAUGGAGCUUUGAGUGGAUGAAGCCUAGGCAAGGGAAUGGCUUGGCAGGGUGGGCAGAUUUGUAACAUCCUGAAUUUCUGAAGGUAUCGGCUGCUGUUACAUCUUUUUUGCAGAUGCUUUAGGAUGCUCAGCCACCCUGCACAUGACUUAACUUGGUGGUAGAAGAAAUCACAUUCUGACUAUUUUCAAAUAUACUCUUGUGGUCAACUAGUCUGCAAGUGCAGUGAAAAUAGGCCCAGCUUAUGUAGGAUAUAAGAGACUCUGGGCUGUUCCAGGUAACACAGAAGGAUUCUGGAGCUAUGAUAGAACCAGCCAGACCUCUCUGCAGCAAGCACUCCCAUUGUUGGUGAAUUGCUGGUAAUCAGCUGUUAAAAAAUGUGAUUCUUAGCCCCAGUGCUUGAAGCGAUUACACUACCCUCAGCAUAAGGAAGGUGCCCAUGACAUCUGCACAAAGCACUACAGCAGCCCUGUCUCCUGAACUAUUUUUAUUAUCCAUCCCUCAAAAGCGUAUUUACUUGUGGGUUUGUUUGCUUUUUGUUUCUUUUCUUUAAUUCAUAAGCCGUGUACUCUCCUUCUGUAGCACUUGAGUGCACUCUUCUUACAAUUAAAAACAAAACAGGUUGUUUCACAAUAUAGCUGGGCUAGUCCCUAUUCUGUUCUAUCAUGUGGGGACAAAGGCCUUUGUGGUGAAUGGCCCCUUCUAAUUGCAUCUUGGAACAAGGCAGCAUUUGCCAUUGCAAAGAAGGUCCUUUCAUCAGGAAGCCAAGACACAACAUUAAUUGAUUUCCAUACAUACUUAGAUUUCCCCCCACUUUUCAAGCAAUCAAGAGUCUCCCAAAGUGGUUCAAAAACAGAGUCAGGCCCUGCCAGCAGGCUUGCAAACUGAAAAGACGAGACACACAAGGAAAGGGAAGUGGAGUGGGAGAGAGAUCAGUCCUUCCAGGCCAGAACAAAGUGGUGAGCUAUAAGAGAGGGCAUUUAUGCUCAGUGGAGGCCAGGGUAGGUAACCUUCCCUUGCUGAUGUUCACUUGAAUAGGAAUUGUUGGCUCCAGCUCCUUUGACCAAUGGGUGGGGCAAGCGCUUCAAACUUCUCCCUUUUGCUUCUACAGUCCUGGGGCGAGUUGGAGCUGAGUGGGAAGGGAGAAGGUGAGUUCCAUGUAGCCUGAUGGUUCUCUGGCUGGUGGUUGGGGCCAGGUUGGUCUCCUUGCCAUGAUAGUCUUCCUUGGAGGGCAACUGGACUGUAGCCCUAAUGUGCUGCCCUUCACUUCUGCAGUCCUAUCAAGGCUUUUGAAUAUCUGAAUAUCAGCAUGCGCAAGCUUAGAUUAAGCAACAAGGCCGGCUCUUCUAUUCUGGCCAGUGGAUAUGAUGCGUCAUGGUCCCUUGGGUCGGAUAUUCUAUAGGAUAUGUGAAUUCUAUCCUAGUAUCCUGGAUGUCCUUGUAGGUCAGGGACAGCAUUAUCUGGGUACGAGCUCUGAGUGAAUUUUCCUCUUUUGCAAGAGAUACUGGUGCAAGGGCAUUAAAACCCUGCUGAGUCCUAGCACUGAAAACUGUUUCCAGGAAUGAGCCCCAGCACAGAGAAAGCCUCAGCCCUUGUUCUCUUGUAAAGGAAUGUCCACCUAGCUCUUUAAUCCUGUGGCUCUUUUGCAGCACGAUAUUGAGAUGCUGGACCCACGAGGCCGAACGCCCCUGGAGCUGGCCGUGUGCCUGGGGAACCUGGAAUCCGUCCGGGUGCUGUUGCGACACAAUGCCAGUGUGGGCCAGGAGAAUGCCAACGGCUGGACAGGUAUGAAGGUUCAGUGGGCAAGGGGAUGUGCCCCAUGUUGGUCCGUUUCAAUUUCUGUCUCCUCCGCUUAAAGCUGGGGUGAGGAACCUGUAGCCCUCCAGUUUUUGUUGCACUUACAACUCCCACGCUGGCUGUAGGCUGAUGGGAGAUGGAGUCCAACAAAACUUGGAGAGCCACAUGUUCAUCAGGAUCAUCAGGCUGCACGACUGUGAAACGCCUCCUGCUUGAGACCUUGCAGUGCUGCUGCCUAAUACUGGGCUCAAUAACAGUCAUUCAUAUUGAAGCAUCUCCUUAUAUCCUAGGCAAGGGGGAAAUAGAAGGAAUGUGUUGAAAGGGUUGUUGUGAAAGCUGAGCAAGGGAAGACAGCAAUUGAGAAAUGAAAGACCUGAGACAUGAGGGCUGUGGUUUUGAGGGGUAAGCAACACGAAUGAAAGCCAGAGUCCAGUGCCUAGGCCAGUACAGGAGUAAUAUGUGUGAUUUGAAGGCAGAACUCUUCCCGGCACUUUUGUUUAAGGCACCUAUUCUUGCUUCUCUGGCUUAAGUUUGUGGAGCCUUGCUUUGCCCUGCCUAGGAUUGUAGAAGUUUCCCUGGGAACUGAGCACUGAUUGGCAUGAUACCUGUGCCCUUGGCAGCCAGACAUGUCCUUUUGGCAGAUCAAUAGGCUGUCUGCUCCUGGUUGGGAAUGAGGAUAGAGGAGAAACUCGUUUGGACUUGAGAGAUGAUGGGCACAGUGAGUGGGGCCAAGAAGCGAAAUACUGAUUUUUUUCCCCUCUGCCUCUCUAGUCCUGCAGGAGGCAGUAAGCACAGGGGACCCAGAGAUGGUGCAGCUGGUGCUCCAGUAUCGCGAUUACCAGCGGGCCACACAGCGCCUAGGUGGCAUCCCAGAAUUGCUCAACAAACUGCGCAGAGUAUGUACUGUCAACUCCCAGUCAACUUCAACUCCCAGUCCUUGUGUAUUUAGAAUCAUAGAAUCAUAGAAUCAUAGAGUUGGAAGAGACCACAAGGGCCAUCGAGUCCAACCCCCUGCCAAGCAGGGGGUUAGACAUUUAUCAGUGUCUACAGAUUUUAUUAUAGGGGUGCCCAACCUGUACUCUUGUCAGGACCCCUGGCAAAGGGAGAAAGAAAUAUUGCCAAAUCUGCCCUCUCUUAGGAUCUUAUUGGAAUCUCCUUUUCUUUCUAAAACUCUGGUUGUGUUUGUGUUAAUUAAAAGCCACAACCCUCUCUCUGUAUACUUCUUCCAUAGAGCACCAGCAUUAAGUCCCUCACUUUUGUGUGGGCACAGAACCAUUGCAAUUUAACCAUUCCUAUGUUCUUCUAAUGCAUACUUCAAGAAGGGAAACACUCUUGUCCCUCCCACAUUCCCUUGCGAAGGGGCUUGGAAGAUGAAGCAUUUGAACAGCAUGGUUUCAAGAUGACAACGGUAGCAGUUACUCUGCAUCCCAGAAGCAUCAACCCUCUUCUCCUUUAAACCCCCUGGGAUGCUCAAAAGCACUCUUGGGUUUUCUAGCCAGCAGUUGCUAGAUCUAAUUGAACUCCCAUUGGCAAAGUGUGACUCUUAAUAAGAUUAUGGUCACAGCAAAAUGUAGUCCCUUUAGAGAACAGGGAUUGGCUGUUCUCGCUGCCCCUUCUCUCACUUGCAGUGCUCUGCCCCCUCACUUUGGUUCUCCAUCUCCACAGGCUCCUGAUUUCUACGUGGAGAUGAAGUGGGAGUUUACCAGCUGGGGUAAGUCAGUGCUUCACUUCUGGGAGUGGUCCACAAAAGCCCGAGCAGGUGACAAGAGAGAGCUAUCCAAUAAGGGAGGAGUUUGGCCUGGGGAAAUGAUGCAGCUCAGAAAACCUCCUGAGCUCAGAAACAUAGACAACAUUUUGAGGAAGAAGGAAGCAUUCUCCUUUCUCUGUGGUGGGUGCCGUGGCUUCACCAAGGAGCAGAAUCCAUGCUAUUGACAUGUGGUGUCCUAGUCGUGCUCCAGAGAUUAGAAGUGUGACACUCUGAAGGAAUGAGGUGAUGCCAGGCAGAGAGGGCAAGAAGUACCUCUCAGCCAUGAGACUCAUUGGGUACUUUGGAGCAUGUUGCUGUCUCUCAGUUUGACCUUCCACACAGAGGCAAUGGUGCCUCUCUGAAGGGCUGUAGCUCAGUGGGAGAGCACCUGCUUUUCACACAGAAGAUCCCAGGUUCAGUCAGGCAUUUCUAUGUAGGGCUGGGAUAGGCCUCCCAUCCUGAAACCCUGAAGAGCUGCUGCUAGUCGAUGUAGACAACACAGAAAUUGAUGGACCGGUAUUAGAUGAGCUAGUGGACCAGAUGGAUCAGUAUAAGGCAGCUCCCUGUGUUUCUGUGGGUGAGGUACAAAUGUGGCAAACAAGUAAAUGAUGCUAAGCAAUGUUCCCUCUCCCUCUGCUCCCUCUCUUCCUCUCCGUCACCAGUGCCCCUGGUCUCCAAGAUAUGCCCAAGUGACGUGUACCGGGUGUGGAAGCGUGGGGAAAACUUGCGGGUUGACACCACCUUGCUGGGCUUUGAGCACAUGACCUGGCAGCGGGGCCGCCGCAGCUACAUCUUUAAAGGCGAAGGUCAGAAUAUCUCUUUUCUGGGGAGAUGGGUGCGUGCUUGGCGAGGUGGGGGGGGGCUAUGAUACUGACUGCUUUUCUCUCUGUUGGUCCUCCACCCUCUUUUCUCCUUCCCCUCAUUGGCCAGAUGAGAAUGCUGUGGUGAUGGAGGUUGACCACGACAAGCAGGUGGUGUACACUGAAACGUUGUCUCUAGCCUUGCAUGAGCCGGAGCUGAUGCUGGCUGCCAUGCAGCCUUCCGAGGAGCACGUGGCCAGCCGGCUCACUUCGCCCAUCGUCUCCACCCACCUGGAUACCAAGAACAUUGCCUUUGAGCGGUGAGCUGGGGCAGGGGGAAGGGUAGCGUAUGGGUCUGUGUGAACCGUGUGCUGCUGCUGCUGUCGCUGGUUGUUAACCCCAAUGACUAUAUGCUGCCUCCAGGACCAGAGGCAGCCGCAUGCUGCUCAGAAUACCGGAAUUGUCAGGGGACAGUAGCGGGAGAGGGCUAAUGGCAUCACGCUUGCUGGCUUCCCAGAGGCAUCUGAUUGGUCAUUGUGGGAAAUGGGAUGCUAGACUAGAGGGACCAUGGAUGUGAUCCAGCUGCAGGGCUCUUUUUCUGGUACAGGAUGAGGCCCAUGAGACCAAAGCUGGGAAGGAUGAAGUCUGCCCAGGCUCUUGAGCAUCAACUAGUUUUGCGAGAAAAGAGGGGGACCAAGGCCCCAUCUUCUACUGCCAUAGAUGUCUGCAGCCCUGUUAUCACAUAUGCCUCAUCUCCCCUCAGAGGAGAGACCUCCACUUGCAGCUCCCUAGUCCAAGUCUUUCAAGGGCAGGGUCGGGAGAGGUGAAGGUAGAGGUGUGUGAGAGAGAGAAAGUGACAUUUGAUGAGAUGGUUAUCUUUUAGGCUGAAGAGUAUGAGGGCAUUCCAAGUCUGAAAAGAGUUGGAAGAGAUGAAGCUCCAUUGUAGCAGUGGUGGCAUUUGAAGAAAUGGAUAUCUUUAGGCUGCAUUGUGGUGGGGGGCAGCUGAGGUCUGCAAUGGCAAACUCUAUCGCUCUUGACCUGAGGGCUUUCCUUUCCAGGAACAAGUCUGGCAUCUGGGGCUGGCGCUCUGAGAAGAUGGAAAACAUCAGCGGCUAUGAAGCCAAGGUACAAUUCUUCCCCCAUUCCUGUUCCUUAUGUGUGUAAAUCUGAAAAAUUCAGCAAAGUUUAGCUUAGCUUCACUGCUUUGAGGAAUCAGGGCUUGUGUUGGAUGGGACCAGGUGAUACCAACGGUCUCUUUGUCCUUUUUCCAGGUUUACAGUGCCAGCAACGUGGAGCUUGUCACCAAAACCCGUACUGAGCACCUGUCAGACCAGGACAAGACACGCAACAAAGGUAAAAGCAGAUGUUGAACUGCCUCCAGUUGUGACUCGGUGUGUUGACUCAUCCAAUGACCCUUCAUGCUGCUAGGGAUUAUUUUACCCUACAAUUCCCAGAACUCUGAUUAAUUGUGUGCUGCACUUGCUGUUUGGCGGCUCCUGCCUGCCCUUUGACCACAUGUGACUUGUCCUCAAUAGUCAUGAUGUGCUCCUCCCAUUUACAGGCUUCACCUGGUGGUUAAGAGAACAAAAAUGGCAGCAGCGUAUACUGAAUAUUGGCCUGGUCUAUAUGUUACGCUCAGCUGAACCGUGGCUAAGCAAGAAUUAAAAAUUGCACAAGUGCACCGAGCGAAUAUUGCUGCCACUUCAUUCCUCCCUGAUUCCGCUGCCUAAGAAGCAACAGGAUAGAUAUGGAUUUUGGCUGUUGUCCUGUGUAGACAGCUUUCCAAACCACUGGUGGGAGAGGCAGAGUAAAUGGGAAUAUGUACACAGCAUAACUGUAGGAGUCUGGAGGGACCACUUGGGCCAUGCAGGCCUAUGGAAGGCACCCACUUUCAUGGAGAAGGAGUCUGAGAAGGAGGAUGUCAGGCGGUAGAUGGGCUAGCCUUAGUGGCUAUGGCAGGUAGAGGAGCCUAGUGAUUCCAUGGUGCUGGUGGUUCCAUGAUGCAUCUGGCAAUCCUUGUGUAGAUCUUCCCCCAUAAUGUAAAAAUCAUUCAGUUCAUGGAUAUCGGUAUCUGUGGUCAUAAUAGAGAGGACCUUUUCUGUAGCCACCUACACCCUGCAACUCUGUCGAGAGAGACCCACCUUGACCUCUCCCAGAAGGCCUUUUGCCAUAAUGCAAAGAUCUUCCUUUCUUGGCAGGCAUUUGGUCUGUCGAGCUGCUGACCUUAACCUCCCAGGCAGGUCACUUUCUUUUUUAAUCUGCUGCCUCUUCCUCUUUUAUCGCUUAUCAAUGACUGUUUUGCUGCAUUUUCCUUGGAUUUUGUCGUUCUAAUGUUACUAGCCGCCUUGAACAUUGCUGGGUAAAGGCGCUCUAAAACUAUUUCAGAUAAAUAAAAAUAAGAUAACAGAUAAAUUGCACUAAAGUGGUGGAGGUGGUGGUAGGUUCUUUGGAGAGGACUCAUUCACUUAGACAUCCUCCUUUUGUCUUCCAGGUUCUAAGACUCCAUUCCAGUCCUUCCUGGGAAUCGCCCAGCAGCAUGCUGCCCAGAAUGGGGUGAGUGACCAGGUCAGAUCCUGUCCGUAUAUGGGGAAGGGAGAUGCUGGCCCAGCCACACCAAUUUAGCCUAAGGGUACAUGAGGUGGGGAAGCAGAUCACAAGGGGGAUAUGCCAGGGAAGGGAUUGUGUGGCUCCAAAGUGUUGGUGUUCUAGUUCCUGUCCAGAUCCAGACCCUGAUCCUCACUUUUGCAGGCUCCUGUGCUGCAGUCAGCCAGUCCAACCAACCCAACGUCUAUUACUCCUGAGGAAUACUUUGACCCCAACUUCAACCUGGAGUCCCGCAAUAUUGGCCGCCCUAUUGAGAUGUCCAACAAGGUGCAGAGGUGAGAAGGAUGGGGGAUACUGCAUGGAUUGGUGGGGUGGGGUCAGAAAUGGAAGAAGAUGUCAGGACAUGACAGCUGGCACUUAACUCUUACAAAAGGUACUCAUUUUUCCAGAGAAAGGUAAGAAACAAAAGGUGGAGGAAAUAAAAGCAUGUCCGUGUAGGGGAGUUGCAGGUCCAGUCUCUCCGUGGGCAGAUGUUGGGGGCAGGGAGCUGGAGGAAUCUCCAGGAAGACUAACAUGCUCCUUGUGUGACAGGUUCAAGGCCACUCUGUGGCUCUGCGAGGACCAUCCCCUCUCCCUGGUGGAGCAGGUGACGCCCAUAAUUGACCUGAUGGCUAUCAGCAACGCCCACUUUGCCAAGCUGCGUGACUUCAUCACCCUCAAGUUACCUCCUGGCUUCCCUGUCAAAAUCGGUGAGAGGUGUGAAGCCUGGCUGGUUGGGGGGGGGCAUUAUCUACUCAGGGUGGGGUGGGGGGCAUGGAGACAAGCUGACGGGAGGCAGAUCAAGAGGGGAAGAGAGAAAAAGGAAGGCAGAGAAUGAAGCUGUGGGGCUACGCCUCUCCAGACAUUCUUUCUGUUGUACAUCCAUAAUGAUUUGUGCUCAUGAAGGUAUUGGGGUAGUUCAUACACAACCUUGCUUUCAGUGUCAUUUGUGCCUGCAAAGGUUUCAGAGCGGACAUACUGCUUCAUUUCAAAUUGGUGAAAUCCAGUAACGUUUCAUACCUCAAAUGUUCUUGGGUGGGUGCAAGAGCGCCCCUCCAGAGGGCAAUAAUGCAAUAACUUUGGGGAAACAUCUCAGAACAACUAAUAAAGCAGAAUGAUGUCUGCUAUAAAUGCACCACCAAUGCACUAUUAUUGCAGAAUACACCUACAGAAAAGAAAAACCUAGAUCCAUCUGCACUUUAAAUUUAAAGCAAUAUCAUACCACUUUGAGCAGGCAUGGGUUGUCCCCCCCCCCCAGGAAUCCUGGGAACUGUAGUUUGAGGGUUCUGUGAAUUGUUAAAGAGUUCCCUCUUCUCUUCACAAAGCCAAAAUUAUCAGAGUGGUUUAACAAUCAGCCCCUCUUCCCAGGGAACUCUGGGAAUUGCAGGUCUGUGAAGGGAAUAAGGAUCUCCUAAUAACUCUCAGAAUCCUUAACAAAUUACAGCUCCCAGAAUUAUUGGGGGGAGCCAUGAAUGUUUAUAUUUAAAGCUGUAUCAUACUAUUUUAUAGUGCAGUCCCCAAUUUGGAGAAACCCUCAGCCUUUGUUGUGGGGAAAGGGAUAAUGUCCUAGAGAGGGGAGUGGUCAUGAGGGAAAUCAGUGAGAAGCUUGAAAAUAGAGGUUUACCAACCUUCCAUUGUACAUUUUCUUUCUUUUUCCCAGAAAUCCCCCUCUUCCACGUGCUGAAUGCCCGGAUCACUUUUAGUAACUUGUGCGGCUGUGAUGAGCCGCUGAGCUCAGUGCGAAUCUGUACUCCCACCCACACCCCAGAGAGCACCGAGGAGCCAACUGCUGGGGCAGAGGCAGCCAACAACACCAAAGGUAGGAGGAGCAGGAUGGGGUGGGAGCCAGGGUCAGGACUUCCAACAGCUAAUCUAAACCUUGGAGGGGGGAGAAGAGUGGAAGAGGUGGAGGAUGUUCCCGCAGGCUGGGAGAAGGAGGGAGCAUUAGGGUGCAGUGGCCGUGAGCCCACAUUGCAGAACUGGGAGACAACCGGGUUAAGAAGGAGAUGUGAAAGUGUAAGAUGUCUGAGUGACUGAAAAACGGGUGACUCCUCUGUGGAAGGGAAAGCAUGCUUUCUAGAACUGACACAUCCUUCUCCAUGAUCCCGCUACUGACCAUCACAUUUUAAAAAUGGACGUAUUGGCUCAAUAUGUUUAUCGUCAUUUUUUAAAAACAUCAAGUCUUUCCGCUUCAAGAAUGCUAGCACAGCCAUGUUCCUUUUGUUUCCCAUUGAUGUGCCUGAGAAAGUGGGAGCUAUGCCUGGUUGUUGCCACCUUUAGGCUCAUGCAGACAACCUGUGUAUUCAACUUUUACCCGGAUUUGCUUGCGCAAAGCUUACACGGAGGUUAGAUUGUAUCUGGUUUUUAUUGAGCAUUCAUUCUGAUUGGUUUGUGGGCCAGCUAUGCCCCAACAAGCAUUCGUCCCACAUUCAUCCUGAUUUGCUUGCAGGCUGUUGGUAUGGCUUCCUGUUAGUCAUUUGCUCACCCUGCAAUUUUCAGUGCACUUCCCUACCCCUUCCCAAACUGCAAAAACGCUGGAUUCUUUUUAAAACAGCAUUUUUUGUGUGCAAGGGCAACAGAGCCCUUCAACCCACUUCAGUUGUGCAAACCUAAAUUUCCGGUGCGUGUUGAGUCUCUCCUGCAAAGUAGUGACCAUCAGGAGGGACUUUUUGUUAAAGAGGCCCAGCCCAUUUGCUGCUUGCCUUAGGCCCUAGGGAGAUGUCCUUUGUCCUUUUUAAGAGCCCUUUUCAUGGGUGGAGAAAGUGAGGCAAUGAUGAAGGGACCGGUCUUUGGUGACACAGGACAUUGCAGAAGUUGCGUAGUCCGUUGGCCAGCGUGCUAACCAUUGUUCUCCCUUCCUCCCCCAGUGUACCCUUUCCCCUGCGAGGUGGACCCAUCAGUUUUUGAGGUGCCCCAGGGCUAUACAAUGUUGGGCGCAGGUCGUACAGAGCCCAUGCGGGACGAGGAUGAUGACCUGCUCCAGUUCGCCAUUCAGCAGAGCCUCCUGGAUGCUGGCACAGAGACAGACCAGGUGAUUGGGAAGGCGGAAACCUGCCUGCACUGGGGUGAAAACAGGUCCAUUAUAGCAGGCAGGCAUGACUAACUGGUUCUUGGAGGGAGGGCACAUGGUGCCUGGAUGCUUGUGCAGGGACCAAGUAGAGGUUGGAUUGAGUGGUGUAGCAAACUAACUCCCAGUUGUUGGCACUCAGAGUGGAUAUAAUUCUUGGCUGCCACUUAUAAAUGUAGCACUGAGUGCUUUGCAAACCUUGAUCUCAUUAAGGCUUUUACAUCCCAGUAGGAACUGGUGAUUAUAUAUUUCCUUUUUGCAUGUGUGUGUGUGUUUGUGUGAGGGGGUGGAACCUGAGGCCAUCAGAUUAUGGCUUGCCUCAGACCUCCCAGAGAGUCCAUGGCUUAACCAAAGCAUUAUGGCUUAUUAUUUUAGCAUUAUUCCAAGUCCAAGCCUCAAAUUAUUACCUGCUACAGUAGGAGCACACAACCAUUCUGCCUCUUUGCUAUCGGUUUUAGCAUAUUCAUUCUUGUGUGUUACACCAGGUGACCAUCUGGGAAGCUCUGACCAACACACGGCCAGGAUCCAAUCCUCCAUCCUAUGAUGAGGAGCUACAGUUGGAACGGUGAGUGUUUCCGUAGCAAGAAGGAAGAGGUUGUAUUACAAAUUCAGUUCUGCAACCUGUACGUUAAGGUGUAUUAUUUUCUAAAACCUACUUUGUGGUCACUUGGUCCACCCACCAGCAGCAAUUCCAUCUUAGCUGGAUUGAGCUUCAGUCUUGCCAGGCCUCAUCCACACCCUAACUGCUUCCAGAUACUGUUUCAAGGAUUUCACUGCCUCAGUGGGGUUUAAGGAAAAGCAGACAGAACUGAGCAGGAUCUCCAUAUCCUCACAGGACCUCUCCCAUCGGCUGAAUGCAGUGUUCUUCCCCAGCUGUUUUCCUUCAUAUUCCACUAUAAAGCGGGGUGCAGGGCCUCUUCCUCGGUCACCUCACAUUCCCCUUCUCUCAUCCUUUCUUACCAAGCAGAAUGGGAAUGCCCUCUUGGGGAACAUGAUGGCAAUGAAGGAAUUGGGGCGUGCCUGAAUUAGCUUCCAGUGCGUCACCCAUGAAUGGAGUUUGCCUGCUUGUAAGCAAUAUACCCGUCUGUCUGGGAGAUCCCCAGGAAUUGGCAUAGGUGCUACGAGAAACUGAGCUUGGCAUAGUUCAGAUUGUAAACACUUUGAAGAUGGGUAAAAAUCCUCCAGCUCAACCAGAUGCAAAUGUAUUUGGAGAAAUUUCCCCUCUUCAGCCUUCUUAGUUGUGGGUGUUGUGUGGACCUAGCUGGUUUUCCUACCACCUCCUCUCACCUUACUCUCUCAUGCAUUUGGCCACUCUGCCUAGUAUGAAGUGUGAUUGUUGAUCUGUCACGUGGAUCUUCUUCCGCGUGAGGAAAAUAAGGCUGUCUUGAUGUACAGCUUUAUAUCCUUCUGGGGGCAUGGAUGGGGGCUUUUUUGGGAGGCGCUUGUGAUAUUUCACAUUCAGCUGUAAGAUUCCUCUGUGGGUUUUUGCAACGGUGCCAGUUCUUAUUUCUAAUAAUAAUUUGAAAAUCUCUUGAACAAUUGCAGUCUGCCAGUGGGUGGAAAGCAAGCACCACCCGCUUUCCGGCACCAAUUGGAGAACGGUGCCAACAGAACUGAGAAGGCUGAGAGAGCCUGAAGGAAGUUUUUUGGUAUGAGUAAACCACCCAUUGCUCUACAAGCACAGAGCUCCUUAAAAUUCAGCAGUUGAGAGAAGACUCAAGGCACAUUUGCACCUAUGCUCUCAAGCAGCAGGAAUUUACUCCCAGCAGUAACUUCUGAGAUAACAGAAUUUUAGAAUUGUGGGGUUGGAAGGGACCACAUGGGUCAUCUAGUCCAACCCCCUGCAAUGCAGGAAUUUAGUUUGUUUCUUCUGUGUUGUCAACACUGCAGUUUAGUUUACUCCUACUAUUCAGGCAGUGCAGACAGCCCCUGUGUCUACUCAAACGCUAUCUCAGGACCAAAUAACAUCAGCCAUUCCAUUAAGGGUUCAUUGGCCUGUGCAUCUUCUCAUGUGACGUACGCUGUCAUCUGCUGACAAUGCCGUUGUUUACAUGGGUCAGACUGCUCAGUUGUGACAUGAAGGAAUAAACAGACACAAAUCAGACAUGAAAAUAGUCACAGAAGCCAAGGCAAGAGGAGCAUUUCAGUCUCCCAGAACUUAUUGAAACAGACCUUGAGGUCCCCUCCUUAAAAGUACAAGCAGACCACAAAGUUUCAAAUGGCAAUUCUUGUGUGAGACCAGGCCGGGGGGGGAGGGCGUGUUCUUGAAUUUUUCUUACAUUUAUAUCCCACCUUUCUUCCAGCAUACAGAUGGUUCCCAGGUGGUCUCCCAGGCACUGACCAGGCUCACACCUUCAGCAAAGAGGUGGCCUUAGGUGCUUUCAGAUCACUUCAGCCAUUAGCUGAAAUUCAUCACCAAGUUUGUUGCAGUGAAACUUGGACUUGAUGAAGACCAGGAGUGGCUAGUUAACUAACAUAUUUGUCUUUCUUUUGGUCUUUAUUUACCUGCUUCAGCUUGCUAUGCCUAGUCACCCCAGCAGAUCCUUGUUGAGAAAGAGUCACAUCUGCUCUGAGUGGGUCCACCAGAUACAAUCAAAUGAAUGCAGUUUUAUUUGUGCUCUGCUAGUAUUGUGGCAAACCUGCUGCUGUCUUUUGUAUUGCUUGUGGUGGGGAGGUUGACCUCACCUUGUGGAAAGAAAGGUUCACUCUCUACUUUGUGGGUAGGUUCCCACUUUGGCAGCCACUCCAUCUAACAAAAUGGGUUUUAGCCCUCAAAAAGUUCAUGAUGCAAAAUGGCCACAGUCUUUACAGUACCACAAGAUGCUUUAUUCUCGUCACUGAAACAGACUACUCAUGCAAAAUUGCCCUGGCAGUAAUCUCUGCAGUAAACGACAGCUGUUUUGAGAGAAUAGGUGUGAACAUUCCCUGCACUGAUCCAGAACUGAUGCAAGCCCUUUGCUGAGAUGUAGAGUAUAGCAGUGUAGGUAAGAGCACACAUAGACUGCAUCACGGGAGAUCCUUCAGGCUUCUUGUAGGGCAUAGAAAUGCAUAAGGAGUGAAAACCAGGGAACAAACAGGGGGGAAACCCCUGGGUCAUGGUGUGGCCUGUGCAGGCAGUGAGGCCUUUUCUUCACUACAAGCAGUAGGCUCUUCCCCUUUCUCCUACAUUUCCUGAGUUGCUGCCCAGCAGGGAACCCACCCACAGUUGUGAUGCAACGCAACAAUCUGGGGACAACAGGAAGAAAAAACACAAGCCUUUCAAAGGCUAGGUGACUGUUUAUCCAAUCCAGAUAAGAUGGAAAAUUUGUUGAUGGUUACCUAAUGCCUAUGUCCAGAGAAUGCUAUUCAGUCUGUUCUGCGUAGGAUUAUACUCUGAAGAAUCAUGCUUACGGUUUAGGGGGCUUCUACACCCCACUUUCUCACUAGAGGCCCAAGUGGGACAGAGCACCUUGAGACAAGUGCACCAGCUUGUGGCUCUGCCCUGGGCAAGGGCGUAGCCUAUACUUUGGGUUUCCAUUCCCUGGUAACUUCAAGGCUUGAUUACUGAAAUAAAUUCUACAUGGGAGUACCUUUGAAAACUGCCCAGAAACUGUAAUUAAUGCAAAAUACAACUACUAGACUGUGAAAUGGGCCCAGGUGUUUCAAACGUAUCACCAACAUUUAAACAACUGUACUGGCCACUGGUUCAUUUCUGAGAGCAAUUUGAAGUGUUGGGCUUGGGGCCUGAAGAGUCCCGUAAUCACAAGAUGAGCCUUUCCAUGAAGUAAGGUCAACUUUGGAGGGUUGAGUAUCCCCACCAGCUAAAGCCACAGUGGCCCAAAGGCCUAAUUAGGCCCACCAGGGCUUUGAAUUUGGCCAUGAAUUAAGCCUUCCAGGCCAUUUUGGGCAAACCAGCUGUCAGGUUAUCUCUGAUGUAAUAUAAUGGAAAAUGAUGUGGAAAUGCCCUGGAAAGUGUGAGAUAACACUUGCUUUGAGAUAACAUCAUCCAGCCUCCUUGCAAACCUUUAGACAGCAGGGAGAUUAGACAAGGUUGGCUAACAAAUGGGCAUGGAUGUUCAGUAAACAGGUCACUUUGAAGCACCCUCAGUGUGAAAAUAGGUGUAUUACAAUUACACAAAAAGCACUGUUUUUAACCUGUGAACUGUAUUGAUGCAGAGAGCACCAGAAAGCUAUCAGGCACACUGGGAACCAGACUGAGCCAAAGGCCAGCCCAUUUCUUUAUUUUUUACUAGCAUCCAGCAGGCUCUGGGCAGUUGUGUGGGAACGGAGGAAGCCCAGAUUGGGCUGGGGGUGUUGGGACAUAUCUGAGAGCAGCUUGAGCAAGCUUGCCUGAACCAGGCCUGAAAAGCAUGACCAAGUAGCCAUAUCUUGCUGCCCUGUUUGCUGAUGCCUCCUCGUUCUGUGUCCUCCCAGGGCUAUCCAGGAGAGCAUGUUCCUUCAGGCGGGGCCAGGCCUGAGCCCAGUGGAGUCUGGAGGUGGCAACGGUGGCGCUCCUCCUCCCGAGAGCAGCCCACCUCUCAGCACCAAUGGGGGUGGCUCCUCGGCCUUGCCCCCGCCCUACCCCAGCUUUGACGAGCAGCUGCGCUUGGCCAUGGAGCUGUCUUCGAGGGAGCAGGAGGAGAGGGAGCGCCAACGCCGCGAGGAGGACGAGGAGCUGCAGCGCAUCCUCCAGCUCUCUCUGACGGAGAAGUAGCGUCCUAGCCUCCCUCAAGCCUCACACCGCCCAGCCUAGCUGUCCUUGCCGUCAUUGUAUUUUUAACCUCUGGGGGUGGGGUGGGUUUCAUGCUUUGCCCCUUCCCAGUUGAGGGUCAGGCUGGAUGUGAGAAGACAGCACCUUCUGCAUUUCCUGGGACUCACUCGGUUCCAUCCUCUGGUAUUAUUUCCUGUAAGAUUUUUUUUAAAAAUUUGCUUUAUAUCCUCAACCUUCACUGAGGAAAUGUUUUCUACAGCACAGAGAGGCAGGUUGGAGAAGAGGAGCAGCAACAAAUAAGAAGGAGACGGGAUGUGGGGCGGGGGGGGGAGAGACGUUGAGGAAAUUUUUAUCACCUCGGCAUGAGAUUUUUCUGAGACUGAUGGUGAAUGUGCUGCUUUCUCUUUCCUUGCAAGGGUUUGGGCCUGUUGAGGACGGGACCAAAUUGCGGAAGUGGCAAUAGAAGGCGGUGGGGAAGCCUGGAGCUUGAUGCGCUGAUGUUUGGCGGUGAGACCUGAAACCAGGCUGCCGUGUGGUGAAUAAUUUUCAGUCCCGCGUUUUAUUUUCCUCCUCAUUGCGAGCUGCUGCUCUCCCUGCCCCCCUUAUUUUUAAUUUAUUUUAUUUAUAUCUCUGAAGAUAUAUACAAGAAGGGGAGUGGGAGGUAUGUGGUUAUUUUUUUUUUUAAGAAACUGAACCCAGUGGGUCUAAAGGGAACAGCUGUGCCCACUCCUGAGCGGCUUUCUCCUGUCGUCUGGGAACCAGGCACAGGGGGCUCUGGGCAGCAGGAACUACUAAAUAAAACUAAGAAACCAGCACCGCUCUGCUGUGACGUUCUUCCGUUUUCUUCCAUCUUGGUCUCGG